AUUAUUAUCACAAAAAAAAACUUGUUUAUUUUUUUUUAUUUCUCUGUAAUUUUUAUAGUGAAAUGGCAAGCUUAAGUGUGGGAGUGGCUUGUGUUUUGCUAGUUUUGUGCAUGGUUGUGCCUAGUUUGGCCGCAGUUUACACUGUUGGUGACACCUCUGGGUGGACUACUGGUAUUGAUUAUAGCACAUGGACUCAAGGCAAGACCUUCAAAGUUGGUGAUACCCUUGUUUUCAAGUACCCAACAUUUCAUACAGUGGACGAAGUAAGUUCUAGUGAUUACAGUACAUGCACUGUGGGCAAUGCAAUAAGGUCAGAUAACAGUGGAUCCACCACUGUCACUCUCAAAGCUGCCGGAACUCAUUACUUCAUUUGUGGUGUUGUUGGCCAUUGCGGCAACGGCAUGAAGCUCGCUGUCAAAGUCGAGUCCAGCAGCUCAACAACAGGAACAACAACGACAACAAACCCAGAUUUUUCAUAUUCUUCAUCGAAUCGUUCCUCAUUUGCGGCUUAUUUCAUAACUUGUGUUGCAUUGAUUGUGAUUUUGGUCAUAAAUGUAAGCUUAUGGCAAGAGUUCUAGCCAUCGUUCAGGAUAGAGGCAGUGCUGAUUUUAUUGAGGAUUAUAUAUAUAUAUAUAUAUAUAUAUACACACUUUGUUUUUAUUGAGGAUCAUCAUAAUAGUUAUCUUUAUUAUGAAUGAGAUGGUUGCUUUUCUCA